GCUGCAAGGCAACAUGCUAGUACGGUGUGCGCAAUCAACGCGGUUACAACAUCCAAAACAAAAUUGAGUAGAAUAUAAAAACAAAAUUUAAUUACAAAUUUUGUCUGUCUAACUAGCCAGCUUUUAGCUCUUGAUAAUUACUCCAAUGUACUCUUAUAUGUAAGCGAUUGCCAAUUGUUCCCGAUGCUUUUCGAAAUAAUUUGUCGGUAUUAACGCGUGGUGAUCACUUAAUCAACUAAUACUCUUGUUGACCACCGAUCAGACGUCAUUCGGCGUAGGAAAAUAUUUCGCGGCAACAAUGACGGUGUAUUGCAAUGACGAGCUGGAGUAGUCAGUUUGUCAAUCAUUCACGUACCGACGAUACGGACAAUCUAUUGAGCCCGCACAAAUAUCGAAAACAAAACACAUCGCGAAGAGAAUACGCCUAGACUCUAAGGACAUUACAUUUAUUAAUAAGCAACGAGGGCGAUAAGACGGAAUGGGAUCAACGAAUUUCAUCUAGCGCCAAGCUGUCUGAACAGACUCUAAUCUAUUAAUAUAGACUGCAUGAAACGGUCUCCAAACGAAUAACACAUAUUCUAACCUGGACUGAACUAAGGGCGAGUACAGCAGUUUGAGAGUAUAGAGAUCAGUAAACCAGAAUAGAAGAACUAUUUCGACGAAUAAAGGCUAACAUUGCGAACGAUUUAGAAAGAAUAAAGUUGAGCUUCGCAUCGAAAUAAACACCCAGCUGUACUUGAACAGGAGUCGGUGUAAAGAAUACUGGCGCACAAAUCCGCCAUUACAUACUGAAUCGCAUAGGCAACAUUCGACUGCAGACGCAGAGACGCAGGCGACGGCACGUCAAGUGCUGCGAAAAUCGCUGUGGCGUGUGCACGGGUGGAGACCUUGCCGUAGUUAAAUCCCGUCGCACACCAUACAACAGAAGUUGGCAGCGGUCGUUGGCUGCCAAUCUUGCAAUAGAAUUGUGCGCGCGUUGCUUCCAGACGUGCGUUCGUGCGUUUGCGUAGUGCGAAGCAACGGAAAAGUAAAAGUGCAUGCCAAGAACUGCAGCGACGGCACAAUUCUCUUUUCAUGUAACACCCAGCAUCGUCGAGUGGACGAAAUCAACACUUCAGCAGCGGCUACAAUACAACAACAAAAAAUACAACUACUUUAAAAAAAUCAAACGGAAAUUACGUACAAAACCAAAAGAAGAAUACAAUUAUUUGAAUUUUGUGCAUAAGAUAGUCGUUAUGGUACCUAAUAAUAAAGCUGGUUUAAAAAACAUAAUGUUAUUGCCGCAUAGCUGAUGCAACCAUAGUGAAGAGAAGCCGAUUAAGGAGAUAUACCUAGAGGAAUUUGGUGUACAGCCAUGAGAAUAAUCAUGUAGCUAACAAACAGGUUCUUACGUAUGUGUGUAAUUUAAUAGUGUUGGGUUGCAUUCAGUUUCAGUAGCGUGCUUAGCGGCGAGAGGGAAGCGAGAGUGAACGAGUAGUGAAAGUGAACGAAUUUAACGGUAUAUAGCUGCGAUACAAAUUUGUCGCCAUUGUUGUUAUUUAACCGAUAAAAGUGUUUAUGUGCGAUACGAAAGUGCUGGUGAAAUAAACGAAAGCGAGAAAAACAAUAACAACAAUACAAAUGCUAACAUAAAAAAAAAAACAAUAUAAAACAAUUUUAAGUUAUUAAAAUAAAAUGUGAUUUUAAAAAUAAGUAAAAUUUUGAAAUAAUAUAUGUGUGUAUAAUAUACAUACAUAUGUACGCAUGCAUGGACGGAUAAGGAAUUAUAGAAAAUAGGUACGAUGUGCAUUUUAAACUACAGUAAAUAGCUAAUAACAAUAAUAACAAAAUCUCACGUUAAUGAAAUAGUUAAAAGGAAACAACGAAAAAAAUAAAAAUUAACAUUACCAGCGCUAUCAAAUAACAUCAAUAAGAACUAUUACAAAAUUGCCAAGCAAUGCAAAUAAAAAACUGAAUUUACCCGUUGAAAAAACAACAUGCGAACAAGUGUGCAAUUAAAAAGUGUCAUUGUAAACCUGUCAAAAUAUAAAUCGUCAAAAUCAAAAUAUUGGAAAAUAUUAAAAAAAGUGGGUUAGAUCAAUAAUUAAAUAUUUUAAAACCAGUGCAUAAAGUCAAAAAAAAUUUAUGUACAGUUUAAAUAGUCAAGCAGCAUACAUACACAUACAUAACAAACAAAAUAUUGUGACAAACAUAGCAUUUAAGAAGCCUAUGUCCAAAAGCCUUCAUAUAUGUACAUAUGUAUAAUAGCAAAAGUAAAGCCGACAUUAAGGCCGAUUAUCAAUGCAAGUAUAUUCUACCGCAUAUGUAGAUAUACCUGCAUACACAUUUACAUAUAUUCAUAUAAAUAAAUGUUUGUGUAAACAUAUGUAUAAGUAUACCUCCGUUAGCGUUAUACAUAUCUAGUGAUGUAAUCAAUCUUGCGAGAGUAAAUCACGAUUUGAUAUUCCACAAAGCAAAGAGAAAAACUAAAAUAAAACUGAAAUUAACUACAAAUUUAACAACGCUUAUAAAAAAUCAUAAUGCCACACAAUAGCCAUAAUUCACACUCGCGACAUGGUGGUUCUUCCAGCGACGAUUUGGGAAGCACCGAUGAGGUGAAAAUUUUCAAAGACGAAGGUGAUCGCGAAGAAGAGAAAAUUUCAUCGGAGAAUCUGCUUGAAGAAAAGUCAAGCCUGAUAGAUUUGACAGAGAGUGAGGAAAAAAGCGGAAAGAUUCCAACAAGGCCGGAUCUGAGUCCAGUGUUUAGUACAUCCUCCUUAACGGGCCUAUAAGAGGAUAUCAUUUUUGAUUCUAUACACAUAUGCUUCGAAACAUAUGCGAUGAUGUUAUCUGCAGUUAAUGAAGGCUUAAACUAUGAUAAAUGUAGCCAUUUAACCCUAUGCACAACAUCUAACUGCUCACUUGUAUUACGACCAACAAUAUUUUGCGUUUUCGAUUUCUUACUGGGUUUGCUGGAAAUUACAGCAGCAGCAUCAGAGGUCACGGCAGAUACAGGAGCAAUGGGAGAAUGUAAGAUGAAGGCAUAAUAACAGCAGCAUUGGAAGCAGCAGGAGCGACCGUAUGAGCAUGCACGACAGCAGCAGAGCUAUUAUAUUGCUCAGUUGGUUGUACUAGAGAAGCAGCAGAAAUAUUUCUUUGCCCAGUAAUAACUGAGUGAGAGCUGUUGAUAAUUGUAGUUGCGGGAGAGGGCGAGACAGUUUGAUAUGUAGUUUUAUUUUUUGCUCUUUUCUUUUUAUUAUCACGGCAACCACUUACACCCCAUUUACACACGGAGACAUCUGGAAUGGAGACACUGGAAAUUCUCUUUUCAUGUCUCAUUCGCGGACACACGGGCAAAAUUGUUUUCGGCGACAUUUUGACAUUUAAUACUUUAGCAUCGUCUGGUUCGGAUGUAUUCUAGCACGCGCUUACAUGUAAAGCAGAGAGCGUUCGACAACAGUUUCUUAAAUAUAUGAAUGAAAAAUGCAAACUGGUUAAAUAAUAAAUAAUUUGUUGUUUUUUUUAUUGAAAUAUAUUUAUAAAUUCUUAUACUUGAAUAAAAAAAAUUAAAUUAAAAUCAUAUGUAAAUAAUUAACUUAAAAUUAAACUGAGUAUCUAGAAAUGCAGGGAAAAAUUAGAAAUCAACAUAAACAUGCCCCAUAAUAUAUUUUAAAUUAUACCUACUUUACUAGCAAAAAUAAUCGUGCAUUUCCCAAGCAGUGUUCGGAUGUUUGUCAUCUUUGUUAUCUUCCGUUUGCUUGAAAACCAACACAUAACUCAGAACCUUCUCCCACAAAGUAAGAAAACAAAUGAAGCAACUGUCAAAAAUUGCUUUAAGAUUGGAAAUACGAAUAAGAAGAGCAAAGCGUGUCGCCAGUACAGGAGACAAAUUCCCUUCCCUCUUACGCGGCCGUCCUUCACCCUCGAACAAAAUGUUUCCCUUCCAGAGGAGACAUCGUGUAAAUGGGCACUUACAUGCAUACAACCACGGAGUUCGUUAACCUCGGUUGUAAGUAAGGCAAGAGUAGAGGUGACAUCUUCAAUACUAUUUUUAUGCACUGCUCUUAAUUUUGAGUGCAGUUCUUCUGUUUUUUCAAUCAAAAGCUGUUUAUCAAAUCGAAGAGCACUAAUCACAACCAUUACACGGGCAUAUUCUGCUUUAAGAGAAACAAUUUCAUCAAGAACCGUUUGUGGGGAAAUUCGUGAAAUGAUUUCAGUUACUUUAUCACUUUCACCGGAUUUACACACGGAGACAUCUGGAUGGGAGACACAGCAAAUUCUCGUUUAAUGUUUCAUUCGCGGUCACACGGGCAAAUUUGUUUUCGGCAUUUAAUACUUUAGCAUCGUCUGGUUCGGAUAUAUUCUAGAACCCGCUUACAUGUAAAGCAGAGAGCGUUCCACAACAGUUUCUUAAAUAUUUCAAUCAGGAAUGCAAACUGGUUAAAUAAUAAAUAAUUUGCUAUUUCUUUUAUUUACAUAUAUACUACUGUGGGCAAAAAGUAAGGUGAUUUUAUUUGUCAAACUUCGCGGGAUUAAAAUUUCGCUCUAGUUAUUUUUUUCAUGAGUUGGCAGCACUGUUAAUAACAUCUGGGUCAACUUUCAUGUGAAUGUCAUUAUCAGUAAUAUAUUUACGCUUGUGUUUACCAAACGACCAAGAGUGCAUUUUUCGAUUUUUACAAUGUCUGAUUUGAUUGAGCAGAGAAGUGCCAUCAAAUUUUGUUUGCGGAAUGAAAUUUCGGCUGCGGAAACGUUUAGCAUGUUGCAGAAGGCAUUUGGUGAUUCGACCAUGUCGCAAGAAAAUGUUUAUAAGUGGUACAAUUUCCAA